AUGGAUCGGUAUUUACAAGAUACCUUGGAAGCUCCGCCUCAUCAAAUACCAGACUCCUGUACCGGCAAUGGCACGACGAGUACUGAUGGUCACUCGGCCAGCUCUUCAAGCGUGAACCAUACCACCAUUAGCAACAGCACUGGUGAUACUUCACGUGGCGAAUAUGAACCGCAGCAUCAUGCUCAUUUACAAGUCAAUAAUCCACUUGACUAUAAACUGCCGCCCUUGCAACUACACGACACUCAGCAAGGGCUGGCAGACGAACCGCAUGGGCAAACCUACCAAGAUGCUCACGGCGAGAUCAUCAUCCCGCCGCUCAAUCUUACCAAGAAAAACGAGCAACAGCAAGCUGAUGGAGUGUUCACCCCGUUGGGAAAUGCUGCUAGGCCAGAGUCCACAGUAGCUCCUUUAGCCCAUCCGAAUGGCGUCUCGAUAUUUCCCGAGCUGUCUACUUCCGAACAAGAACAAUUAUCUCUCGAAGCUCUUGACCAAGCCGAGGAGUCCAUCAUCGCCGAUAUUGCAGAGAGCACCGAUGGUGGAGCUGACGACACAUCAUCUGAUGCCGGCUAUGACAGCGACAGUGUCAGCUCGGCCAGCACGUCUGCCAUGUCCUCGGUCCGCGACUACAUGUUUGAGAAUGGCCGCCGCUACCAUCGGUUCCGCGAGGGCAGCUACAACUUCCCCAAUGAAGACGUCGAGCAGGAGAGGGAAGACAUGAAACACGCCAUGGUCAAACUCCUGUGCAAUCAGAAAUUGCACUUUGCCCCCAUUGGCGCCAACCCCCAAGAGAUUCUCGAUAUAGGAACGGGCACGGGCAUUUGGACGAUUGAGAUGGGAGACAGAUUCCCCAGUGCCCACAUCCUGGGAAUCGACCUUUCGCCCAUCCAGCCAGAUUGGCUGCCGCCCAACGUUCGAUUCAUGAUAGACGAUGUGGAAUCGCCGUGGCUACAUUCUCGAAACCAUUUCGACUACAUUCACUCAAGGCACACCGUCAUGGCAAUCCGAGAUUGGAUGAAGCUCUUCCGAAGAGCCAUAGAGCAUCUCAAGAUCGGCGGCUGGAUGGAGCUCCAGGAAGUCCACCACACCCCCAGAAGCGCCCUUACGGGUGGAAACGGUGAAUUGUCCCCGGAUCACCCCGUCGCCCGCUUUUGGAAGCAUGUGACGGACGGCCUAGCCGCCCUGGGCAUCGAUAUGGAUGCCGUAUCCGAUGGACGACUAGCCGACAAGAUGCAGCAAGCAGGCUUCACCAACGUCACGGAACGCGUGCUCCAUGUGCCCAUCGGCACUUGGCCCAAGAACAAGGUCCUCAAGACGGUCGGCCUCUACUGGCGGACCAUUCUCCUGGACGGCCUGCAGGCCAUUGCCCUGGGCCCCUUGACUCGGGGCCUGGGGUGGAACCGAGAUCAGGUCGAGUUGCUCCUGAUCGAGGUUCGGCGGGCCUACUUUGACAAUUCCCAGCUCAUGUACAUGCCGUUCCACGUCAUAUACGGGCAGAGGCCGUAG